AUGGCUCUUGAUAGCACUGCAAGGAACACAACUAUAAACAGUGAGGGAGGAGAUGUCAGCUGGUAUGACAAUCCAUUUCAAAAUCUGGAACCAAUCACUCAGAAUUCCAUCCAUCCUCUAGAUGUUGUAUGUGCUGUCCUCCAUUGUUCAGAUAACUUUUUGCAGCAGGAAAUAAUAUCUAAAAUGUCUAUGUGCCAGUUUGCCGUCCCCUUGAUACUCCCGCCCAGUCAUGAACAAGACUGUACCUUCCUGUUGUGGGCCUUGAGAGGUAUUGUGAAACGAUGGAGACCUCAGUCACUGACAGAAAGCAAAGGCUUUAUUGAAGACAAUUUAGUAAAUAUCAAAAUGCCAACAUUUUCCUUUGUGAGACUUGGAGACUGCAACAUAUCUAAAUCCAGAAUUCUUAAUCAACUACUUUGCCAAACUCAGUCGUACUAUGACAUUUUUGUGAAUCGGGAUAUGCUUUGCGAAAAUGCAGAAAAAACAAUUGCUGAUGGCUUAGUGGAAAUGUCUUGGUUCUUUCCAGGAAGUGUUAAUAAAUCUGAACUCUUUCCAGAACCAGCUGCCAUUAUUAAUUUGCGGGGAGAUUUGGCGACCCACUGGAGACAGUUCAACUUCCUGACACAUGUUUCAUCGGCUGUGUUCAUAUUUACAAAGUAUUUUUCUGAGAAGGAAUACAAGUUAUUUUUAAAUUGUAAAAAUAUCAACACCGACUACUAUUUUGUCAUUGAUUCAAGUGACGACAUAGAGACAAAGAAAAUAUUUGUAACUCUGAAAGAGUUGUCGAAGGUACUGAAAGUCCAUGUACUCAAAAGUAAUCACAGAAAUAUUAAAGAACUAAUUAGGGCAAUGCAACAUUAUGUUGCAAAAUAUCUAGCAAAACAUGAAGCCCAAUUGAGCCUCCAGGAUCUAGCAGAUGUCGCCACUAAAUUUGGUUUCCAGGUAGAUGAGAAUUCUACAGAAUGUAAAAAGGCUAAAACACAUGCAGAUUCAAUUACCAAUGAGAUUAAGAAUGUGUUCGAGUAUAAGAAAAAAACAAUGCCUCUCCAGGGAGUUCCAUGGAAAGAAAUAUCCAAGAUAGAAAAAGAGCUGUGUAGAAUGAAACACCAAGGAAGCACUAACAUCGAUAUUUAUAAAAGGAAACUAGAAAAGAAAUGUUCUGAGCUACACAGGACACAAUACGAGUGUGAGAUACCUCAUGGUAUAAGAAACUAUAUGAAUAGUUUAAUGACAUUGUCUGUAGUUGAAAAAUGUUAUUUGAUGGGAUGGAUGAAGUUCUAUCUGGAUGGAAUAACAAGAAGCAAUCUGUCAGGCUUGCAGGCUGAGUACAAAGAAAAAUGUAAUGAGUUGCCUGCAAAUCCAAGUGAAAUAAAUAAACUACAUGACAACAUUUCUGAUAGUUCUUUAGGAGUCGAUCAUUUUCUACGUGAGGUUGGGCAAUUCUAUGAGGCAGAAUGUGCCAUGGUCAAAGAAAAACACAUACAACCAAAUGAAAAGAAAUUUUAUAGGCUCCCAGGAUUAGCUGCUGAUCUACUUCUGAAUGGGUUCCCAUUGGAGCUGAUAGAUGGAGAUGCCUCCAAUAUCCCUUUACAGUGGGUCACUGAUGUUCUAACAGAGCUAAAUAAAAAGACAGCUGGAAGAUGCAGAAUGAGAGUAAUCACAGUGCUGGGAGUGCAGAGCACAGGGAAAUCCACCCUCCUGAACACCAUGUUUGGGCUGCAGUUCCCUGUGGCCAGUGGGCGAUGCACACGAGGAGCCUUCAUGACUUUGAUUAAAAUAAAGGAAAACUUACAGAAGGAGCUGGGUUGUGAGUUUAUUAUGGUGAUUGACACUGAAGGUCUGAAUGCUCCAGAACUGGCUUCUCUGGAGGACAGCUAUGAACAUGACAAUGAGUUGGCAACUCUAGUGAUUGGGUUGAGUGAUAUCACCAUAGUGAAUAUAGCCAUGGAAAACACCUCUGAAAUGAAAGACAUUUUACAGAUAGUAGUCCAUGCAUUCCUUAGAAUGAAAGAAGUCGGAAGGAAAAGCAACUGCUUCCUCGUCCAUCAGAAUGUCAGUGAUGUGUCUGCUUAUCUGAAUAACAGAAUAAAUAGGAACAAACUCUUGAAUGAACUAAAUGACAUGACACGCGUUGCGGCAAAAAUGGAGAAGAUAGAUGCUCCUAUGCAGUUUUCUGACAUUAUGAACUAUGAUCCUGACAAGCACAGUUGGUACAUCCCAGGGCUUUGGCACGGUGUCCCACCAAUGGCUCCCAUAAACUUUGGGUACAGUGAAAACAUCUUCAAACUGAAAAAAUAUUUGAUUAAUUUCAUGAAAAAAAGCCAAAACUCUGGUCCUCAAGACAUUGAUUCUUUCACAGAAUGGAUGAACAGUUUGUGGAAAGCUGUAAAAUACGAAACAUUUAUAUUUAGUUUUAGGAACUCACUUGUUGCUGAGGCUUAUGAGCAAUUAUCUAUGAAAUACUCUGAGCUGGAAUGGAAUUUCCGCAGUCAGGUGUAUUCAUCGCUGACAGAGCAAGAAAAUAUUAUCAAAAACCAACCUCAAAGCAGAAUUACAUGUGUAACAACAGAAAUAUUAGAACAUAAAAUGCCUCAAUUACUGGACAGAGAAGAGGCCUAUAUGAAGGAGCAGUUAAAACUAUUUUUUGACAGCAGCAGUAGCAGAAUGUAUGUUGCAGAGAGAUAUCGGGCCGAUUUCAUGGGCUAUGUCAAAUGCUUGCGAAAGAACAUGGAAGUCAUUAUUUCAAGUAAAUGUUGGGAAGCAGUGAAAAUCCAGAGUGGGAAACAUGAAAUACACAACAUGCAAGAGACUUGCCUUAGAUUAAUUGAAGAAAAAGUGGGUAUAUAUUUGAAAACUCAUACCAGGAAUGCAAGAGAUAUGAGUAACGCGGAGCUGAGAAAAGAAUUCGAUUUAAUUUGGGAUAAAAUUCUGCAAGAGCUGCAGGUGGGUCGGUUAAGAAAACGCAGAAUUGAUAAUGAAAUGUUGGAGCAAUUAAAAAGAGAAAUGACGAACAGGGGAGGUAGUGUAAAACAAACACUGCAUAAUGUACUCACUUUGAAAUACUACGGACAGAAUGAAUUUAAGAUGGAAAAAACCUAUAUCAACAUUCCUUUUUGGUCAGCAAAAAAUUUUCAAGAAUUCUUUACAAACGGCUGCUAUAACAAACUAGCUAGUGCUGCAUGGCUAUUGGAACAUCAGUGCCAGAUCUACGUCACCGACAGAAUUAACACAGGAGAAGAUUACAAUGAGAUUUACUGUCAGGAGCUGCUGAACAUAAUCAAUCAAAAACUGAACCAAGAAGAAGUUAGAAAACUUCACCCCACUGCCUCAUUCGAGGCUAAUCUAAAGUUACACAUUUUGGGAACGGCGGCUCCUCAGUUUCAGAAGAUGCACGAUGACUUUGGCUUGAAAAAUGACCCCAGACUUCUCAUCAAUAGACUAAAACCACAAUAUUUUGAUAUAUUUAAGAACAAACUACAAGAGAAAGAUGAAUCCAACGCCCGAGCUAAAGAUUUCUGUGAUCAGUGCCUGAAGCCUGCAAUAACUGACCACAUUUACAAGAAUCUGGGCAAAGACAUAACCCAUGACAUUCUGAAAGAUCCUGCUGACGUCAGGUUCAACAGUCAGAAUCAGUUUCACUUUAGGAUUCUGAAAGAGCUGCUCGAAAUGAACACAUUUGAAAAUUACGCAGAAUAUAUAAAGAACUAUGAGAUUUAUGUGAAAAGGUGGAUUUCAAAAUACAUCAUCACGAAAUAUAAGACAACAAGUGGCUUGGAUGUGUUGAUAACAAAAAUAAUUUCUUCUAUUGCUGAAAAAAUCCAAUCUGCUCUUAAUGAUAAAAAUGUCCAACGGAGUCAGAAUGUUUCCGAAUUUUGUAAAUUCUUUCGGCAGAAUCUGGUUAAACAUUUGGUGAUUUCCGACAAUGCAAUGAAAGUAAUCAUUUUCCAAAACACAGUGGAUAUCCACCGACUUUCAAGCAAUAUUACAUUUCAUCUUAAGAAAUGUCAGGAAGAAAUCAGAUCAGAAAUGAAACAAUUGGGCAUUGAAUCUAUACUUGCCUGUCUGUCUCUAAAACCUCAAGAUGAGUUGCUCAAGAAGGUGUUGGGAUGUGGGAAGAAGUGUCCAUUUUGUAAUGCUCCUUGUGAAACCAGAGGAGAUGACCAUCAGGAACACUUUGUAUCUGCUCAUCGGCCCAAGGGUUUAGCCCAAUACACAUUUGCAGAAGACAACAAUCUUUGUACAGCAUCAUGUUCCACCGAUAUCAUUUCUAAUGGGGCAUUUAGGAAUCCAGACACAGAAGGAACUUGGCAUCCAUAUAGAGAAUAUAGAUCUGUCUAUCCCCAAUGGAUCAUACUGCCAGAGAUAAACCCAACAUAUUCACUUUACUGGAAGUUUGUUCUUACACAGUUCAAUUAUGAUUUUGCAAAUCUUUUCCAAGCGAAUCCAGCAGAUAUCCCAGAGGAAUGGCUGAAAAUUACUCAGAGACAAGCUCUCAGCAGUUUACAAGACACCUAUUACAUAAAAUAGAUACCACCAUUCCAUGCAAGAAAACAGACAUCCAUAAAAGGAAAAAAACCCCGUUGCUGAAUUAAAAGUUUAAGUAAAGUAUUCCGUUAAUCAGCUCUAUAACAAGGACAAUCUUGUAAGGAACUAUAAUUACCCUUUGAAUACCUGGGAAUCACAACACAGGCCAUUUUCAACCCCUUACAUAUACAAAAUGCAAGGAAAAUAACAUUUCUACUUCAACAUGCUGUGCAACAAUUGUAGAGCUCAGUUAACGCAUUAAAACAAAUGUU